AUGGUAUCACACAAGCUAUAUAAGCCAUUGAGGCUCCUGAUCUUAGGUGCCCCUGGUUCUGGGAAAGGUACACAGACAUCCAGGCUGCUCAAAAGAUUUCCACAGCUCAAUUCGAUAUCCUCUGGUGAUAUGUUGCGACAACAAAUAAAGGAGGGUACAAAGCUCGGAUCUUUGGCAGCCUCCUACGUGCUGAAUGGAGAGCUAUUACCGGACAACUUGAUCACACGAGUAGUAGUCUCGCACUUGGACCAAACCGGGUGGCUGGUACCCAGUGCUAACUGGCUUCUUGACGGUUUUCCACGCACAGCAGAACAGGCCAAAAUGCUUGGUGGGGAACUAUCGAAGGUGCAUUGCAACUUAAAUCUAGUGGUAGAAUUGGAUGUUCCCCACGAUAUCAUAUUAAAAAGGAUUGAAAAUCGAUUUGUACACAUUCCAAGCGGUAGGAUAUACAACCUGGAGUACAAUCCUCCCAAGGUUCCCGGUAAGGACGACGUAACGGGCGAGCCUUUAUCGAAACGGCCCGAUGAUAACCCAGAGGUGUUUAGCAAGAGAUUAAGAGAGUACGCAAGAACUAUGGCACCUUUAAGAGAAUUUUACGCAAUGAAAGACAUUUUGAAAACUGUUUCGGGGGAAACGUCCGACAUUAUUUUUCCAAAGCUGUGCAAGCUGAUCGAGGAGGGCAAAUACUGA